UCCACCCCUUGACCACCAAGCCACAUGCCCACACCUUGGGUGCAAGUUAGUGAUACAAGUUAGCUUCAGUAUCGUGACAAAUUGAAAUUUGUGGUAGCUGCAGUAAAAGCGCAUUUUAUGAAGUGUUAACCUGACCCUUUCACCUGUGACAAAUCAACUGGAAACUGUGAUUGGAGUCGUGGUUUAAAGAUGAUGAUUUGAAGAUACAUUCGAUAGAGAAGGGUGUCUUAGUUGCCGAUACCAAGGUGAAUGAAACAUUCUACCUGGCAAGUGGCAACAACAAAAGCGGAGUUUGGCACAUGCCAAAGGGGGGAAAGCAAGGAGGGAUUCCACUUUGGAAAGGAAAAGGACAGUACCAAACAAAGGACCCUGGGGCAAGCUUUCCAGUGUCAAGUCCCGAGGGCUUGUGGAGCAUUCAUCAUUGCAGAUAUGUUGUUUAGCUCAAGCCUUUUCGCAAUUGUUGGGGCUGGUGAACAGUUGCUGGAGCAUUUAUUAUAGUAGAAAUGUUGUUUAGCUCAAGCCUUCUCGCAAUUGUUGGAGCUGGUGAACAGCCGUCUUUGUCGCCUCGAAGACUGUGUUUGUUUAAUACUGUGACUGGAGUAGCUCUUGAGGAACUAAACUUCUUAACUUCUAUCCUUGCUGUUCGCAUGAAUAAGAAAAGAUUGAUUGUCAUAUUGCAGGAGAAGACAUUUAUUUAUGAUAUAAAUAGUCUUAAGAUACUGGACACAAUUGAUACGGUGCCGAAUCCAAAAGGACUUUGUGCAUUUUCACCCAGCUUGGAUGGUUCAUUUCUGGCCCUUCCAGCAAGUACAACCAAAGGAUCUUUGCUAGUCUAUAAUGUUUCCGAUCUCCGUUUGCACUGUGAGAUAGACGCUCAUCGCUCACCAUUGGCAGUCUUGAGUCUUUCAUCAGGUGGAACUCACAUUGCAACAGCAUCUGAACAAGGGACCAUGAUCAGAAUUCAUCUCGUUUCAGAUGCAACUAAGCUGAAUGGAUCUGAUCGUGUCCAUUUGCAGUCAUAUAGCUUCAGGAGAGGAUCAUACUCUUCAAAUAUCUUUUCUUUGUCAUUCGCGCCAGCGACAGAACUUCCAGAUAUUCUUCUUGCAACUAGUUCUUCUGGUUCUGUUCAUGUUUUCUCUUUGGGUUCACCCCCAAAUCAAAGGUCUUCUGGUCUUCUAGGAUCAAUAAAAGUACCUCAUACUAUUAACGAUGCCCUGGAUCCUGCUCAGCAUUGUAUAUUGCAUCACGCUGUCCCCGCUGGAGUGAGAAGUAAUACGUUGAUCCGCAAAAUAGAGAAAUUUGAGGAGACAGCAACACCUGAACACGUGGUACUAAGAGCCACUAUACCUAUGAUCACCUAUGGCGGAUACUUCCUGGAGUACGUCUACAACGUCAACCAUCAGAACAAGUCUUCGUGGACCUUGGAACGAGAAUUCAAUCUUCUAUCAGCAGAAACAUCCUCGUUACCAUGAAACUAAACACUCUCCAUGCACCAAAUGUAAGCUUCUUCGAACUUUAAAGCUGAGACUGCAGCACGUCCUGCUCGAGUUGCCAUCCUAUCGAUUAAUGUACAUUUCAGGAAGAAAUGCUCCUUGGCUUGUCCAGUAGAGAACACAAAUGACAAUUUGUCCAAAAAUGUAUAUGUUAUGUGCAUAUAAAUCUAAUUUUCUGCAUCUAUGUAACACAAUUGUAUAGUCAGAAGAAAACUGAAAAUUGUUAAAUUUUUGCAAGUUCAUUGUAACAAUAUUAGUCUUGUUAUACAUUGAAAUGUAAAUUUACUUGUGUUCUUAAUCAGUUGUCGUUGUGUGAUUAGGA